UCAGUGCACAGGGCAGAAGGUGCGACAAUUCAUCGCCCACAUUUUUAUGUUAAUACAGACACCGUGCUGUUAAUGUCAGCAGACCGAUAUUCACCUGGCCAUGGCAUCUACUUAUGAAAAUCUCAGGACAGGCAGGGUUGCAGUUGUCAUAUUUUUCAUGGUCAACAACGUCUUCUUUUCCCAGUCAACAUUUCGGAUGCAGAAAUUCACAAAAAUGGAAGGGCGCCGACUGACGGUUGAAGGACGUUACGUCAUCCAGCAUAGAACAGCGCUGGGGGACUGUCAGUUACGGUGUUGGCAAAGGAGAUUCGAGUACGGGGCAACGUGCGCGGCGACGAACUAUAACCUGGCAACUGGAAUGUGUGAGAUACCAGUUGUUGACAGUUUCACUGAAAAUAUUACGUUGACUGAGGAAGUGGGAUGGGACUAUUGGCAGAUGGAAAUCCAGGAAACUUCUUGCAAAGACCACAAAGAACAGGGAAAAAACACCUCGUUUGUGUAUCUCAUAGACACGGACGGCCCUUACGGCUACCUCCCGCCGUUCUCAGUCCGGUGUGAGAUGGACUACGAACCACCCUUGUCAGUGUUUGAGCUGACAUUUUCUCCGGGCAAGACACUGAAAUCUGCAUCAACUGGAGACGUUACAAACACAAUACUCUAUCGGACCCCGCCCUUCCAGAUCGCCCCAGUAGUCAAGUUGUCCGGCCACUGUCACCAGUACUUAAGAUUAAGGCUUCGCAACGCCACAGGGGCGGGUACUUUACAACAGUGGGCGCCGGGGAGUAACGAAUUCCAAUCCUACUGGACACUGGGCAAUUCCUCCGCCCCUUGCUUUUGUGGACACUACAAUAUUUGUGAAAAUGGUACGGAAUUCUUUCUUUUUGUUGGCAGGACUGGGGGACUUGUUGUUCCAGAAGAUGACGUCAUGGGACGACCUUCUUGUGUUACCCAUCGCGCCGUAGAACCCCACGUCUGGUCUAGUUUUGAUGUCACUUUUUGA